CUCCAAAAUACAUUGUUGCUUAACAAACCAUUAAUAUAGUGGCAACACUUUUAAAAUUACUACUGUGAAUAUUUAUUAGCUUUUUAAAGUUUUUUUACAGAAUUCAGUUUUUUUGCAAACAAAGAAUAAAAAGCGACCGGCUUUUUGGUUUUGCUUUUUCCAAGAAGAAGAAAAACCACAACAACAUCAAAAUGUCAGUGACUGACACUUUGCAUUAUUUGGUUUUAGGAAAUCCCGUGAGCAAAACAAUAAUUGGUACAACUGCCUCCAUAUUUUCUAAAGAAAGUUCAAAGUCUGCGGCCGGUAAAGCUUCCAAUAUGUCCCAGAAAGUGAUGAAAAAUGUUAUGCCAUCGCUGUGGCAAUUGGCUGGACAUAAUUAUAAUUUUGUACGUUUAGCUGGUCUAAGUGGUGCAUCGGCGGUUGUCUUGGGUGCUAUAGGCAGUCAUCAUUUGAAUAUCCAGGAUAAGCCAGAACUACGUAAUGUUUUCGAGACUGCCAAUCGCUUUCAUUUCUUUCACUCGAUUGCCUUGUUGGGCAUGCCUAUGGCUAAAUACCCCCUGGUGUCCGGUUCUCUAAUGGUCUUGGGCACUUUGUUCUUCAGUGGUACUCUUUAUUAUCGCGCCUUUACUGGUAAUAAACCUCCAUUUGCCCGUAUGGCUCCUAUGGGUGGCACCUGUUUGAUUCUAGCCUGGCUAAGUUUAUUGAUUUGAUCAGCUGUUUAAAGUUUGCUUUGUAUUUUGCAUGGCGUGAAAAUGAGCGAUUUAUUAAAAGUAAUGUAUUUUAUUAAAAAAUAUCUUUAAUUCCAUGUUUUUAAAACGUUUUAUAAUUAAUUUUUUAAUAAUAUUUUUUUGUUCUUGGUUUAUAUUAAUUUUACUUAUAGUAAAAUUAGCAUGCCAGUAAACAAACAGUUGAAAACUAUCUUAUUUUUGUAUGUUUAAUAAAAAAUUCCUACAAAUGAUUCA